GUACACAGACACACCACAGGGGAACCCGGUGACCUACUGCUAUAUACCUGCAGCCGUUUCCGCGUCCCCUUUAUCGCGUACACACACGCGCACAAAUAAUAUAUAAGCGAGUGUUAUAAAUGUGUGUGUGCGUGUGUGUGUGAAUUUUUUUUCUUCUUUUUCGUAUUCUCUUUCUGUUCCUUUCUUUCCAUUUCUCCGCCCGUUCGAUCGAAUUCGCCUUGCCCGCGCACACGCUCGCGCGCGCGCUCUCCGACUCGUUCAGUCAGUGUCCAUUCCGCAACCGGUACAGCCGACACACCGCGAUAUUCGCAGAAUUGUUGAAAAGCCGAAGACGCUCUGCAACAGUUUUAAACAGUGCCGCUCGCGUAGACUCCCGUACAAUAUUAUUGUCACAUUGAUAUUUUGCCGCGCGUUCCGACCGGCCGACUCGACCGUCGAUAAUACAGGCACAUUGUCAUUGUUCGAUUUUUCCAUCUGCAGACCACACCAGCGGCUAUAUAUUGAGUACGGGCAACAACGAUGAGAGCUGCAAAAAAGUCUAAAUCGUAUUGUAACAGAUAACUACCAUCAAUAAAUACAACAGGAAUGAUAUACUUUGGGAGAUCGUCUCUGUGGACCGCGCUGUUACUGUGGUUGUGGUUCGAGAACAAUGUCACCGGCGCCGACGACAACUACAACAAUAACGGCGUGCACGAGGAGAAGGACACGCCACACUCGCGGCAGAAACGUCUGCUGUGGAUCACCACGGACGGCCGCCUGGCCCUGCCGCCCGGCACCAGGCUGACGAUAACGCCAUCGCUGUCCCUGCCGUUCGUCAGGUACCCACCAGACGGGUUCCUGUCCAACAUGAGCAUCAGCUUGCCAUUCACGAUCGACUUCGAUGGCUUGGGGCUGACCGAUAAUCAGAAUCCGUUCGGCGCCUUUCCGCCGAUAUUGGCCAGGAGCAUGGGAAGACAGAUGGGUUCGGUACUCGCCGACUAUGUGUCUCAACUUAUGGAUGGCCGGAGAUCGACUAGAUCUGUUCCAACAUUACCCAAACCAAUACACUCGUACUUCCAAGGAGGUGAAAGAGCUCUGCUGUUCACCGUCGUCGAGGACUUGUUGACGAACUUCGGAAUGGACGGCAAGGCGUGUCUGCUCCGAGCCAUAUGCGAAGUUCACGGGCACAAGUCGAUACACAAAUUUGGUUUCAUCGGCGAAUUUAUUCAACUGUUCCUCACGGCUAGUAGAUCGACGUACGCUGAUUUAAUGAAGGACUACGUGACUGCCGAAACCGUUGGCAAACACAGCAAAGAAUGUUACCCUUACUUUAAGGAAUGUCCGAAGUCGUUGUUCACCAACAAUCAUAACUAUUCGAAAAACGAUCUGUCGCCCGACGACGAGGACGAAGACGGCGAAUCGGUGUCGGCCGACGACGACGAAGACGGAGGAGGUGGCGGCGGCGGCGGCGACAGCUACAGGGACGGCAACGAGGUCGACGACGACCGGAGGAAGUCGUCGUCGCCGUCGUCGUCGAGCGGCGGAUCAAAAGUGACGGUGAAUCCGGCACCGUUGGCCAUGUGACCCGGUUGAGCGCAAUCAACCGGGCGAAUUUAUCGCUCUCCGCCGCGCGCAAUGAUCGUUGAAUAAUCGUCACCCGAACGGAUUUCGUCUGUGCAUAUUAUAUUAUUAUUAUUAUUAUUAUUAUUAUUAUUAUUUUAAGUGUGCGCGCGUGUCUGUGCGUGUGGCGUGUACGACGUGUCCGGAAAAGCUUUCCCGGCCGUCGGAUUGAAUCUUUUCACUCGAUUUUUUUUUCCGUCUUUUUUCCCGCCAACGCCUACCCUGACCCCCCCCCCCCCCCCGCAACAACAACCCCCGUCCUACCAACCAUUCCCCCCCCCCCAUAUCCACCACAUCACCUUCGCACCGCCAUUCCGCAACAGCGCUGUGUGUCGCGAGCUGCGGUCCACCGGGACUCGUGUUCUGUUCGUGUCUCUUCUAUACCCGAUCGUGAGGGUCGCACGCAAUCGAAUACCAAUAUACGCAGAAUACGAUAUAUAUAUUAUAUUAUUAUAUUAUCGGACUCGUCGUGAUGCGAUUUAUCGAGACAAUUUACGCGGAGUUAUCUGCGACGAGACCCUCUCGUCGACCACUCGCACGUUUUAUUCGACUGGCGCUCGAGUGCCGGUCAAAAAUCGACCCCUCCCCCCCCCCCCCCCUGACCGAAGAAGGACUAUAUUAUAGCUAUAAUAUACUAUAAUAUAAUGUCACAAAACAAUCACGAUAAAAAACGACGUCCGGAAAUUCAGAUCCCCGAGUCCGACGACCGCCUCUAAUUAUUGUUAUUAUUAUGUACGCCACGUCGUUUAAAUAAUUACAUCCCAACACGCACAAUAUUAUUAUACGCGAUACACUGAAUAGGGACAUUCGAAAUUCACGCUGGAGGCGUCUUUGCCAACGAUAUUACGCCGCUGCCUAGAGCGUAUCAUUAUAUUUUAUUUAUAAUAUUAUUAUUUUAUUAUACGCAUUAAAAUGUCAUAAUUAUUAUUAUUAUUAUUAUUAUUAUUAAUAUUUAUUAUUUACACACAGUUAUCGUAUUCGCACCGAAACGUAACAAAAAGAGGACUGUGUCAAACGUAUUUUUUCUCUUUUUGUUUCGUUUCGGAUCAUAAUAUAUUAUACAUUUAUACAUAUUACUAUAUAUAUAUAUAUAUAUUUAAAUACGCAAACGCAAACAAAUGUAUAGUUGUAGUCUUAGUAAAAUCUAAUAGCAGUAAUAUCAGUAGUUUCAAUAGCGUAGUUAUAUAAUUUAUUGUAUAGUCGUACCUACCUAGUAAUUUAUAGUGUUUUUAGUAGGCACGUAUAACAUGGGUAUACGUGUAGGUAGGUCUCGUACAUGUCAUAGUAUUAUAUAUUAUAUUGUAUUCUCAAAAUAUGUAGCUUAUAGGUUGUGCCAUCGUUCAUUUAGUUUAAUUUCAUAAUCAACCUAUUAUGAUUAUUAUUAAUAUAUAUUUAUUUAUUUAUUUAUUUAUUUAUUUAUUUAUAUAAUAUUAUAUAGAUUUUUCAAACGUGUUGUAUUUUAUCAUUAUACUACCUAUCUAUACAUAAUAUAUUAAUUAAUAUUAAAUAUUAUUAACCCAACCGUUGUAGAUAAGUAGACUAUUUAUGAUGUACCUACGUGAAUUAUAUAUUAUUAUUAUAAAAUUGUACUGUUAUUUAAAAUAUUAUACCCGUGUUAAUAUCGUAUAAUGAUGAUUAUAAUUUAUAAUAUAUAUUGUCUGACGUAAAUAUAUACACACCUAUAUAAUAUACA